AUGGAGGCCUCCAAAUACUUGUUCUUCUUGUUGAUCGCUUCUUCUCUUUGUUGCAUUGCUCGUUCGACGACGGUCUCUCACGAUGGACGAGCUCUGGUCAUCGACGGCCAACGUCGGAUUCUCUUCACCGGCGCCAUCCACUAUCCGCGCAGUACUCCUGAGAUGUGGCCGGACUUGGUACAGAAAUCAAAAGAAGGAGGGCUUGAUGCAAUCGAGACGUAUGUUUUCUGGAAUGGCCAUGAGCCCAGGCGACGUGAGUACUACUUUGGAGGCAACUACGAUCUCAUUAGGUUUCUCAAAGAAGUUCAUAAUGCUGGACUGUAUGCCAUCCUUCGGAUCGGUCCGUAUGUUUGUGCCGAGUGGAAUUAUGGAGGACUUCCUGUCUGGUUGAGACAAAUCCCAGACAUAGAACUGAGGACAGAUAACCAGCCGUGGAAGGAUGAGAUGCAAAAUUUUACUACCUUAAUAGUAGACAUGGUUAAGCAAGCAGGACUCUUUGCAACGCAAGGAGGACCCAUCAUCUUAGCUCAGAUCGAAAAUGAAUUUGGCAACGUCGAGACCAGCUACGGCGAUGCCGGGCCGCGAUACGUCAAUUGGUGCUCGCAAAUGGCAGAUUCUCUAAGCAUCGAUGUGCCAUGGAUCAUGUGCCAACAAGCUGAUGCUCCCCAGCCGAUGAUCAAUACUUGCAACGGGUUUUCCGGCUGUGAUGCUUUUACACCCAACAACGAGAACAGUCCGAAGAUAUGGACAGAGAAUUGGACUGGCUGGUUCAAGAACUGGGGCUCUCCGGAUCCACACAGGCCUGCCGAAGAACUGGCAUUUCAAGUAGCUCGCUUUUUCCAAACCAAAGGGACACUGCAAAACUACUAUAUGUAUCAUGGAGGAACCAACUUUGGCAGAACCUCAGGUGGCCCUUACAUUGUCACAAGCUACGAUUAUGAUGCUCCACUCGAUGAGUACGGUUACACAAGGCAACCAAAGUGGGGGCAUUUGAAGGAGUUGCAUGCAUCCAUUAAGCUAAUGGAGAAGGCCCUCACCUAUGGAGAAGUCGAAGAAGUUAAUCUUGACAAUGAAUUGACGAUCACCAAAUACUCUGGUGAUGGAGUCAAUCCUGCUUGUUUCUUGAGUAAUCAGAACAGCAACUUAAAUGCCACCAUAGACUAUGAGGGAAGUACAUAUUUCCUGCCUGCUUGGUCUGUCAGCAUUCUUCCUGACUGCAAGAGCGAAGUAUAUAACACUGCCAAGGUAAAGACUCAGACUUCUCUCAUGGUGAAGAAGCGAAACACUGCCAUGGAAGCAUCUGAAGUCUUGUAUUGGUCUUGGAGACCAGAGAGACUGGGAAUCUCUGCAAAAGGUUUUGGCAGUACAUUCACCGUUAACAAUCUCUUAGAGCAGAAAAGCGUCACUCUUGAUGAAAGUGACUACUUAUGGUACACAACCAGUGUGGAUGUGGGCGAGAAGGAAGAAUUUACUCUCAGUGUCAACACCACCGGCCACAUCCUCCAUGCCUUUGUUAAUGACAGGCUAGUAGGUUCUCAAUAUGGCCUGGCUGGACAGCUUAACUUCACUUUCGAGCGAAAAGUAUGGUUUAAUCCUGGCCGAAAUGUGAUAUCAUUGCUAAGUGCAACUGUUGGCCUUCAGAACUAUGGUGCAUAUUAUGAUCUGGCGCCAACAGGAAUUGUUGGUGGACCUGUAAAAUUGAUUGGAGAAAAUACCACUUUGGAUUUGUCCAAUUAUACUUGGUCUUACAAGAUUGGACUGGAUGGUGAGAUCACUCGGGAGAUACGAUGA